AUGCUUGCGAUAUACAUCGCGUCUGUCACGAUCGCGCUUUGUCGGCAAAGUGGAAUGGAACUGGGAAUGUUUCGUCGCCAUCGUCCCAAAUCCAGCUCUUCUUUCCAACGAACCAGUCCGACAAAAUAG